CUCUGACAUGUGGGCGCACUCGCAGUGUCAGUCCAGUUGUGCGCUCUCGGUGCAGAGUGUUUCUGUUGGAACUUUCUGUAGAAGUGAGUCAACACGGCACAGGGAGGACGCCACCCAGCCCCGCCGCUGGAUCCCAAUGCUGGGCUUCUACUCUCCGCCGAGGACUCAGGACACAAAGACAACUUCCCGUCGAUCACUUCUCUACAGCUGAGGAUCUUAGUUUUUUUUUUUGGUUCUUGGCGCAGCGGGGAUGUUUAUUGCCGUUUCGAUGCGGCUUUUUCCUCAUUGGAAUUAACGCAGCGGUGGAGAAAUGAAAGUGACGGUGUGUUUCGGGAGGACCCGGGUGGUCGUCCCUUGUGGAAACGGGGAUAUUAAAGUCCACAGUCUCAUCGAACAAGCCGCGAUGAGGUAUAGAAAGGCGAUCGCCAAGGACCCAAGCUACUGGGUCCAGGUCCACAGGUUGGAACACGGAGACGGAGGGAUUCUGGACGUGGAUGAUGUGCUGUGUGAUGUGGCAGAUGACAAAGAUAGGCUGGUAGCAGUGUAUGAAGAGCAGGAUCCACACAAUGGAGGGGAUGGCACCAGUGCCAGCUCCACAGGUACACAGAGCCCAGAACCCUUCGCCAGUGAGAUGAGUUCAGCAUCGGCCUUUCAGCCCUACCAGGUCAACAGUGAGAUUGAGGUCACCCCAUCCGCCUUGCGAUCCAAUAUGCCCCUUCAUGUCCGACGCAGCAGUGAUCCCUCCCUGGCUGGACUAGAUCCAGGUGAAGUCCCAGUUGGUCCAGAAGAACCGUCCAGAAAAAACCCCACACGCUGGUCCACGACUGCUGGCUUCCCAAAGUACAGCCACAAAUCAAACACAAAUACUGGCACUGGAAGCCUGGAAAGAAAGGCCAGAGGUGCCCAUGCUUACCGGAGUCUUCCUCGUGAUGCAAGUGGCUGGUCCACUCAGUUCCAGAGAGAAAUGACCCGAUCUUCUCUGAGCGCCAACCAUCCAAUGAUGGACCGUUUGUUGUACCAACAGGAGAAGGAGGAGGAAGAACAGCAAAGGAAACAAGAAAGGAGGAUUGAGCGGAUAGAGCCAGUAGGAAGAGCUGACUCCUCACUGGAACAUCCACCUGUGUUGAGUUUGGAAAGCAUGCUAAAGCCAGUCGAAGUGUCCAAUGAAGGAGGGCCCCUGGGAAUCCACGUGGUGCCUUUCAGUCAGGAUCUCAGGACUCAGGGCUUGUUAGUGAAGCGUCUAGAGCGUGGAGGCAAAGCAGAGCAGGAGCGUCUCUUCCAGGAGAACGACUGUAUUGUUAAGAUUAAUCAGGGCGACAUACGCAACCUGCGCUUUGAACAAGCCCAGAAUAUUUUCAGACAGGCCAUGCGCUCUCCGGUCAUCCUCUUCCAUGUGGUCCCCGCUUCCAUGAAGAAGCACUACGACCUGCUGUCGGCCCAGAAUGAGCUCAGCCCACCCCAGUCCAAUAGGGUCCGCUUUAGCCAAGACACUCAGCAAGUGGGGGACAGGUCCAGUCUGGUAGGGGGGCUGACAACCCGAUCUGGAUCUCAACUCAGCCACAAUAGCUUCCAGGGCCCUCUGGCAGGGAGUACCCCAGAGCCGGGCAGACGCUACGCCACAUUACCACAUAACUUAGUCUCCAGGUCAUCAUCGGCCCCCUCCCCAACCCUGCAGCGCAGGGUUAGUGCAAAUCCAUCCACCAACCUCUUCCUGAAGAACAAAGGCCGCAGGUUCAACAUCCAGCUAAAAAAAGGUCCAGAGGGUCUCGGCUUCAGCAUCACAUCUCGAGACGUCCCGAUUGGCGGCAGCGCUCCGAUUUAUGUAAAGAACAUCCUUCCUCGAGGAGCUGCGAUCCAAGAUGGCCGAUUAAAAGCUGGAGAUCGCUUGCUCGAGGUCAGUGGAGUGGAUCUAAAUGGUAAGAGCCAAGAAGAGGUGGUUGCUCUGCUUCGAGCUACGCCCAUGGGUGGGAUCGUGAACCUGUUAGUGAUUCGUCAAGAAGACUCCCUGCUUCCCAGAGAAGUGGCACCAGAUGAAGAUGACAUGGUGUUAACUCCUGAUGGCACUCGAGAGUUUAUGACCUUUGAGAUUCCUCUGAAUGACUCAGGCUCAGCAGGUCUGGGGGUCAGCGUCAAGGGGAACCGCUCGAAGGAAAACCAUGCAGACUUGGGAAUCUUUGUCAAAUCCAUAAUAAAUGGAGGAGCUGCUAGCAAGGAUGGCCGUCUGCACGUCAACGACCAACUCAUCGCCGUCAACGGGGAGUCAUUGUUAGGAAAGACCAACCAGGAUGCCAUGGAAACACUGCGAAAAUCCAUGUCAGUGGAGGGCAACAAACGAGGGAUGAUCCAACUCAUUGUGGCCCGGCGGGUGGCCAAACACAAUGAGGAAGCCCCUGGCAGUCCUCCGGUGUUGGAGCAUUCUGGCACCUCUCUCCUGGACAGCCAAGAACGCCGGAUCUCCCACUCUCUAUAUGACACCAUCGACGCCUUGGACAACAUCUCUUCACCGCGGGGUAGUGUCAUUGGACGCAUUGGUAACUAUCAGCUCUCUCCGACUGUGAACAUGCCGCAGGACGACAUUGUUAUGAUUGAGGACGAUAGGCCGCCCCUGCUUCCUCCUCACCUUUCUGACCAGUCCUCGUCCAGUUCCCAUGAUGACAUGGGCUUCGUGGGAGAAAACCCCUGGAUCCAUGAGAUGCCUCACCAGAAUGAAUGCUCGCUCAGUCCAGACACCGACGCUGAUGCAUCAUUCCAGAGGGAAGGUUUUGGUCGCCAGAGUAUGUCUGAAAAACGCACCAAACAGUAUGAAAACGCUGCUCAACUAGAUAUCAUCAAGACACGCAAGUCGAAGAGCAUGGAUCUAGGUAACUCAGAACAAGAAGUUGGACCCUCCCUGGGCCUUAAGAAGUCCAGCUCCCUUGAAAGCCUCCAGACUGCUGUUGCUGAGGCAACAUUGAACGGGGAGGUCAAUGUGCACAGGCCACGCUCUCGCAUUGUCCGGGGACGUGGAUGCAAUGAGAGUUUCCGAGCUGCCAUUGACAAAUCUUAUGAGAAACCUGGUGUCCCUCCAGCAGAUGAAGAAAACAGCAUGGACACAUUGGAUGAGGACACAGAAGGCAGUUCCAGAUCUGGCAGGGAGUCGAUGUCCACUAGUGGCGACCUCAUCGUAGGCCCAGGGCUAAAUGGCAGCUUCUCAAAAGAUGACAGACCUAAAGACAAAGUUGGGGUGAAGUCUGAAAAGAAGAAGAGGUCUGAAAGGGAUAAAGACAAGGACAAGAGCAAAGCCAAGAAAGGCGUGCUGAAAGGCCUGGGAGAAAUGUUCAGGUUUGGAAAGCACCGGAAGGAUGAACGUCCGGGAGACAGGAUGGAGAGGAAGGGCUCCAGUAAAUCUAAAGCCGAAGACAUGCAGGCGUCAGAGGAGGAGACCCUGCGGAUGAAGCUGGAACAAGAGAGAAUACAGGCCAAGACGCGGGAACUUCGGGAGAGGCAGGCGAAGGAGAGGGAAUACGCAGAAAUCCAAGACGUUGUCAGCCGCACCUUCAGCUCAGAUGAGGAGCACACUUAUGCUGGCAUCGGAUCUUUGGACUCGUCAGUAGACAGCAGCAGCAUGGACCCUUACGGCAACCACCACCACUACCACCUGCCUCAGAGCCCUCAGAGCCCUCACGUCCCCUUGAACCUUCAAGGCAACGGUCCCCCACUGGAGGCCCUGUACGCCCAGGUGAACAAGCCACGCAAUGGACGUCCUGCAGCUGCAGACAGCAGUCAAAUGACUCCCAGCAACCAUGACCGGAUACAGAGGCUGAGACAUGAGUUCCAGCAAGCCAAGCAAGAGGAGGACCUCGAGGAUCAUCGACACACCUACAGCUUUGACCAGACCUGGACGAGCAAUGGGACAGAGGCCCAGAGUGGACGCCAUUCGGUAACAGUGGAGACACAGGUCCAGAAGCAGGAACAGGAGGACCGAGAUGGCGUCCAACAAGCAUCGAGGCAGUACAGCUCACUACCACGGCAACCUCGUAAGAACCCCAGUACAGUGUCCCAGGACUCAUGGGACAAGGUGUACACGCCAACAGAAGGCUUCCAGACAGCGAAGGACAACCCCCGCAACUCCAGCAGCCAGGGUUCGCGGAAUGGCUACUUGGGGACGUCCAGCUUUAAUGCUCGUGUCCUCUUAGAGACUCAGGAGCUGUUGAGGCAGGAGCAGAGACGGCGCGAGCAGGAGGCCAACAAGGCCAGGCCGCCUCCUGCACCGGAAACGCAAAGCAGCAGCAGUGGCAGCAACACCUACGAGCACAGAGAGCAAGCUUCUGCACCCAUUCAGGCCCAGAAUCCAUCCAAAGGGCCCUACAGGCAGGAUGUACCGCCAUCCCCUUCACAGCUCGCCAAGCUCAGCAGGCUCCAGGGCUCUGAGAAAGGGAGGCCGUUUUAUUCAUGACAAUGAGAAGGGACAAGAGGAGACGGACUCUUAUGAAACAUUAACAGGGAAACAAAGAGGGAAGUGAGUCUGCUUUUUUAUAAAAUGAUGAGAUACAAAGAUUUUUAUGGGACUGUUGAUAUAAAAUAUUAAUAUUUAAAAAAAAAAAAAAAAAAUCAAAUGAAAUGAAAUGAACCAUGAUCCUUUUUUAGUAGUAUCAAAAAGCAAUGAUUGGAUUUUCAUGUCUUGCAUAAUGAUCAUUUAAAAGUGCCUUCUAAUAGGCAGACUGUCAGCUUUUGUAGACUGUUUUGGAGUAGAAUAGCCCCCCACCAAACAGCUCCAGUUGAAGGCUUUUAAUAACUAGUGAAAUGUUUUCACCACAAGGCUCUUCUUCAGACUUCUGAUAAAUGCAGAGAUUUGCCACUGCCAACUUGAAGCCUCAAGCUUGGCAUUUGGCCAUUACCAUCUUGGUUUUUUGGCACUAGACAUGAUCAUAUUUGGACAACAGUGUAGAGAUGAGGAGGAGUGAGGGGCGGAACUGAAAACACAGAUCACACUGAUAGCUAACUGUAGCUUAGAUAUGUUAUACGGCCAAUAAACUUCAUGAAACUCAACCACAACUACAGUAGAGUAGUCUUGCCAGGGAAAAAAAUGUUAAUUCAAUAAACUGAAGCUCCAGUAGUUCAACACAGCAGUCAGGCUAGAUGUCAAUCAAUCCCAUGCAGCAGACACAGAUGGGACUCACCUGUCACUCAAAGUGUCCAUCCUUAAUUAUGCAUAACCCUGGAAGAGGAAAUUAGCUAAAAGGGACCAAAAAGUUAUAGAUAUAUUAUUUCUGCUGCUUUUGACACUUUGAUUUCAUUCUCAGCCACUUAGAAGAGCUUUUUACCCAAACAUUACAUAGUAGAUAAAAUCCCUGAACUGGAACUAUUUGGAUUCAUCAACUUUUUACACCACUAGAUGUUUUUGAUGCAGCGCUAUUGGACACUGGGCUGUGCGUGUCUCCUUCAUCACUUUCUGUUCAGACUGUUGCUUAUUCACUGCAUUUUUGACCCGUCCAUGUGACACAUCCAGUAAAGUGCACAGCCUGACAGAAGGCGACGGGUCGUCAGGCCAGCGCUGCAUCUCCACAUCUGACAGCAGCCUGACCUGACACCUGUAAGUCAGAACACAAGACACAGCCCAGGCAUGUUUCGGUACCGUUGGUCUGCUGGCAGUCGACACCACUCUUGUUGUGAAUGUGGCUUAUAUCUGCUGUCAGUGAGGACCGUGUGUGUGUGUGUGUGUGUGAGACUGUAGACAGGAGAUGGCAUGUGGCGACAGAGCAUCGAUGUUAAGCAGCUUGUGUGACUGUGGAGUCAGUGCGUAGGUUUUGGGUCUGACCACUCACCCCUGCCCCCCAUUAAAGCUCAGAGAGAUGUCCCCUCUGGUCUUAGAUAAUGCAACAUUUACUCUGAGUGUAUGUCCUCCUUCCAACCCACUCUUGUAUUCAGAAUGAUAAUCCUGAACUCCCUCCUCCUCGCUUCUGGCUGCAUUUAUCUCUGUUUCUUCUCUUCACAUUGUCGCCACCACCUCUCUGUAGAGGAAAAACAACCUUUAGAUCUCAUUUCUUCUGCCUCUGUCCCACCCACUCUGUGAAUCCUGUCGUAUAAAUGGGGUCAGGUCUGGGUUAUUAAUUAAUGUACCUCAUUGAAAAUGAAUGCAGCCUAUUUUUGUGUGUGUUCAUUGUCACGUGUAGUGAGGAAAAAGAAACAGCGACCAGCAAGGCCAUUUGGCUGCAACUAAAGCCCGUUGGCCUCUAGGUGACUGAACUGCUCCUCACUGAAUAUUUCAUCAGGGUGGUUUCAUGGGAAACCACAUCGCUUUGCAGUGGGUGGCCUCAGUGUGGAACAGCUUUACUCCUAGCUCAAAUACAAUGGAGCUGAUUUUGUUUCACUUUCAUGAUUAUGUCCAUUGAUAGAAAAACCACUCGGGAACUUUUCUACUGUUCAAUCGAUAAUUAGCGGUGCAUUUUUCAGAUGUGUGUUAGAAUAUCUGCAAAUGUAUGUGUGUGUUCAUGUACUUCUGUCCUUAUCAGAACAAAAUCUCCAGUUCUACAGAAAAUUUUAGGGAAGCGUUUACUUUAGGAGCCUGAAUUUUUGGUUUUAGUUAAGAAUCUUUGCUAAAUUCUACUAAACCUGGUUCAGUAAUUAACAAUGAAACGGAGAUUGGUAUGACUCCUUGUGUUCGUGUCGACAUAAAGAAAGUUAAGGAGAUAUUCGGCAACGCUGCUAGAAAAGUACUACUCAGACUGCUUUGAAUUACCUCCUAGGGGAUGAAUAAAGUUAUUUGAAUUGAAGUAAACUAAGCAAUGCUAAAUUCAAAUAUUUUCCACCACUAAUAGUUGUUUUAAUAAAGUAGAUUUAGUUAAAUGUCAUUUGCGCACAAUGAUCAGAGCAUAUUUUAUAAUGCAUACAGGGUUUAAACUAACUUCUAUGACUUGAUUAAUAUUCUUUGUUUUUAACUUCAGUACAAGCAAAAACAACUGCAUCAUAUGAGACAACUGGUUAAAAACAGAAGACACAAAACUAAUUCUAACAAUCCUUCAUGAUCAGAUCUUAAAGGUUUAAAUGAGAACAAUCUUUUCAAGUAUUACAGGUGUUUGAGUAGUCAGGUGUGAAUUAGAGGUAUGAAUCCAAGUCUGACUUCAGUUGGUACAAUGUCCUUAUCAUUUUUACCCUCGGCCCUUGCUGCAUGAUAUUGUCAUCAUUUUGUCAUUCGUCCGUCUGUCUGUCCGUUCAUAUGUGCAAAAACAUUGGCGUCAACUGAAGGCCGAGGGUUUUCAAGUGCAGUCACGUUAUGUUUUUUACUUGCCACUCUUUUCUUCUGUGUUUGUCAGUGUCCAGCUUAUUACAUCACUGCCAACUGUCGCUCUCAUGUCACAGUAGAACAUGUAAAGCUGUUGUACUUCCUGGAACACAUGACCCUGUGAUGCACAUGGGGUUAGGAGAAUCCAGCCCUGAUUUGAUAGAUGGAGGCCAUCGAAGUAUGCCAGAGACGUUAGGUUUCCCUUAUGUGUUCCGUUAGUAGACUUAAGAGAAAAUCAUGAUUUUUGCAGCUUGAGUCCUGGAUGAAAGGGUAUGUAGUGUGUUUGUUUUGGCUGAAAUCAACUGAAAGAACAGUUAACUCUGGCUGAAUGGUUGAACAUAGGAAUAGGAACAUAAGAGCAAGAAGGUUCUAAAAAAUUCUAGCUUUGCCUAAGUCAACUCAUUUGUCAAGAAGUUUCUUACAUUAUUAUUAUGGUCUCUGAUAAAGUCUUGAUUCAUUCUCUGAGUAGCAGCAGUUGCAUUCAUUCAGACAUAUACCUUUCAAUAGAAAAGGCAAUGGCAGUAAUUAAUUCUGAACGUUGUUAAACUGAAUCAUUUCCACCAGCAAUUUUUUUUUUUUUUUUGUGGCACAUUCAAGACCAUUUUUCUAACCACUUAAGCCAUGUUCAAUGUACCUGCCCAUACUAAGAACAAAACAAGUCUGAUUCAUCCACACUCAAUAGAGUAGGUUUGAUAAUGGCUAAUGGUAAUGAACUACUAUGAAGGUUAAUGAAAAUGUUAGGAGGUCUGCACUGAUUAUGCGAUAAAAGCAUGUAUAGAUGAGAAUAGAAUCAGAGCUGUGCAUUUACUCGUGUUUAAUCGCAGUACAGAGCACUUGUUUGUUCAUUCACCAGCAUUCCAGUGUGUGUGUGUGUGUGUGUGUGUGAGUAGGUGGACAUGUGUUUAAGUGCCUGCGAACGCUGCCAGUUACUGGAUGCUCCAAUAUGUCUAUGAAUAUGUCUUGGCAGCCAUAUGAACCACUUGGCUGCCGAGUAUAUGAAGAGCAGAGGAGUAGGAGGCAGAGAAGAUGGGAGGCCUGACCUUGCAGAUGAUUCAGUCAAUGGAGUAAUCACAGCUAUUCCUCGGAGGCUGCAGUACAAACAGGAGGUUACCGACGGGGCUACGCUCGCUCUCACCGUCUCCUCUUCUUUUUCUUUUUCCUCUUCUUCCUCUUUUCCUUCUUCUUCUCCCUCUUCUUCUCCUCCUCCUCCCUCUUCUCUUUCUCCUCCUCCUUCUUCUUCUCCUUCCUCUCCUUUCCGUGCCUCAUCAAAACAAAACAAUGUGAACUUCCACAUCAAGAAACAGUCCAAGUUUCACACAUUUUCCCAAAUUAGACUAGUUCCAUCUUGUUUGUUUGGAUGUGUGAGUUUGUGUUGGAAUUCAAGUGCCUGCAAUAACCCACCAUUUUUCUUCUCAUAUGCAAAUUUGAUAAUAUCUCAUAAUGCAUGUUUAUUCUUUGUGUUGUGUAAUUAAUGUCUAUUGUUCUGUUUAUGUGACAUAUGGAUUCUUCCCAUUAAGCUGUUGUUGCAGGGGAUGUUUUUUUUUCUUGGUUUUUUGUUUUGUUUUGUUUUUUUAUUCUGGGGAAAAAAUGAGAAAUAUAUUGUUAUUGUUUCAUUGUGUUUUUAUGACCACCCCUCAUUGUGUUUUAUUAGUCACAACAUGGUACUGUUGGUAAAAAAAAAAAAAAAACUAAAAAAAAAACUAAUAUGUAAGCACAGUGCAAUUUUUCCUUUUUACAUCAGUGUAUCAUUAAGAGCAGUUUCUGCUGUUCUCUGUACAUACAAGAUGCAGUUUUUCAAUGAAUAAAGUGAGGGUAGUUUCUAUCCUUGUAAAAGUAA